GAUUUCGUGCAGUUGCCUGUGACAGCUCCUGUUGAGUAAACUGAGACGGGAACAUCUUGUAUCGCCUGUUGUACCUGUACCUGCCACCAUGAGAAGUUGCAUAAGAUCUCUUUGGAUCCCUGUGUAGUUGAUUCAUGUUUCCAAACUCUUUCUUGGAACCUUCACAAGCAACCAAAAUGAAGUUGAAGCAUAACAUCAACCCUGUUCUUUUACAGUUGAUAAACUUUAUAAUUUUGAUGUACACCCUUGUAACAUACAUUCCAUGGUACAUACUUUCGGGAUCAAAGCAGGCUAUAGAAAAAGCCAAGCAGGUUAAAGCCAGACCUGUGAAUAACAAGGCUGGGGGUGCUUACAGAUCUGUUAACAGCCUACAUUGCUUAGCUUCAGUUUUAUAUCCUGGGUGUGAUACACUUGACAAAGUUUUUAAAUAUGCGAAGGCUAAAUUUAAGGACAAAAAACUCUUGGGAACACGUGAAAUCCUGAAAGAGGAAGACGAAAUCCAGCCAUCGGGAAAAGUUUUUAAAAAGGUCAUCCUUGGCAAGUACACCUGGCUUUCUUAUGAAGAUGUAUACAUUAAAGCUGUUAAUUUUGGAAAUGGCUUAGCAGUGUUGGGUCAGCAGCCAAAGACUAACAUCGCUAUCUUCUGUGAGACCAGAGCUGAGUGGAUGAUUGCAGCACAGGCCUGCUUUAUGUGCAACUACCAGCUUGUCACUCUGUACGCCACCCUGGGGGGCCCGGCAAUAGUACAUGGGCUGAAUGAAACGGAGGUGACCACCAUCAUCACCAGUAAAGAAUUGAUGCAAACAAAAUUGAAGGAAAUUGUGUCUCAAGUUCCACUGCUACGACACAUUAUAACAGUGGAUGGCAAACCAACAAUGUGGUCAGAGUUUCCCAAGGGUGUCAUUGUUCACACGAUGGCAUCUGUGCAAGCCAUGGGGGCCAAGGCAGAUGCUGGACACAAACAGCCGUCCAGGCCUGUGCCCUCGGAUAUUGCAGUGAUCAUGUACACAAGUGGAUCCACAGGAAUUCCCAAAGGAGUCAUGAUCUCCCAUUGCAACAUAAUUGCUGGGAUAACUGGAAUGGCUGAGAGGAUUCCAAACCUGGGGGAAAAAGACAUCUAUAUUGGCUACUUGCCUCUUGCCCAUGUUCUGGAGCUGAGUGCUGAACUCGUGUGUCUGUCUCAUGGGUGCCGCAUCGGUUACUCCUCACCUCAGACAUUGGCUGACCAGUCCUCUAAAAUAAAGAAAGGAAGCAAAGGUGAUGUUACUACACUUAAGCCAACCCUAAUGGCAGCUGUCCCGGAAAUUAUGGAUCGGAUCUACAAAAAUGUCAUGAAUAAAGUGAAUGAAAUGACGAGUUUCCAGCGGAAUCUAUUUAUAUUGGCUUACAAUUACAAAAUGGAACAGAUUUCCAAAGGUUACACUACCCCACUCUGCGACAGCCUUAUCUUCCGGAAAGUCCGAAUGCUGCUAGGUGGGAAAAUCCGCAUCCUGCUUUGUGGAGGAGCUCCCCUCUCAGCAGCAACUCAGAGGUUCAUGAACAUCUGUUUCUGCUGCCCUGUGGGACAGGGGUACGGGCUGACGGAAUCGGCCGGAGCCGGAACAAUCACGGAAGUUUGGGACUACACUACAGGAAGAGUGGGAGCACCUUUGGUCUGUUGUGAAAUAAAGUUAAUGAACUGGGAAGAAGGUGGCUAUUACAACACUGACAAACCAUAUCCUAGAGGUGAGAUCCUUAUUGGAGGGCAGAAUGUGACUGCAGGCUACUACAAAAAUGAAGCACGAACCAAAAAAGAUUUCACUGUUGAUGAGAAUGGGCAGAGGUGGCUCCAUACUGGAGACAUUGGAGAGUUUCAUCAUGAUGGGUGUCUAAAAAUUAUUGUUGUCACUCUGUACGCCACCCUGGGGGGCCCGGCAAUAGUACAUGGGCUGAAUGAAACGGAGGUGACCACCAUCAUCACCAGUAAAGAAUUGAUGCAAACAAAACUGAAGGAAAUUGUGUCUCAAGUUCCCCUGCUACGACACAUUAUAACAGUGGAUGGCAAACCAACAAUGUGGUCAGAGUUUCCCAAGGGUGUCAUCGUUCACACGAUGGCAUCUGUGCAAGCCAUGGGGGCCAAGGCAGAUGCUGGACACAAACAGCCAUCCAGGCCUGUGCCCUCGGAUAUCGCAGUGAUCAUGUACACAAGUGGAUCCACAGGAAUUCCCAAAGGAGUCAUGAUCUCCCAUUGCAACAUAAUUGCUGGGAUAACUGGAAUGGCUGAGAGGAUUCCAAACCUGGGGGAAAAAGACAUCUAUAUUGGCUACUUGCCUCUUGCCCAUGUUCUGGAGCUGAGUGCUGAACUCGUGUGUCUGUCUCAUGGGUGCCGCAUCGGUUACUCCUCACCUCAGACAUUGGCUGACCAGUCCUCUAAAAUAAAGAAAGGAAGCAAAGGUGAUGUUACUACACUUAAGCCAACCCUAAUGGCAGCUGUCCCGGAAAUUAUGGAUCGGAUCUACAAAAAUGUCAUGAAUAAAGUGAAUGAAAUGACGAGUUUCCAGCGGAAUCUAUUUAUAUUGGCUUACAAUUACAAAAUGGAACAGAUUUCCAAAGGUUACACUACCCCACUCUGCGACAGCCUUAUCUUCCGGAAAGUCCGAAUGCUGCUAGGUGGGAAAAUCCGCAUCCUGCUUUGUGGAGGAGCUCCCCUCUCAGCAGCAACUCAAAGGUUCAUGAACAUCUGUUUCUGCUGCCCUGUGGGACAGGGCUACGGGCUGACGGAAUCGGCCGGAGCCGGAACAAUCACGGAAGUUUGGGACUACACUACAGGAAGAGUGGGAGCACCUUUGGUCUGUUGUGAAAUAAAGUUAAUGAACUGGGAAGAAGGUGGCUAUUACAACACUGACAAACCAUAUCCUAGAGGUGAGAUCCUUAUUGGAGGGCAGAAUGUGACUGCAGGCUACUACAAAAAUGAAGCACGAACCAAAAAAGAUUUCACUGUUGAUGAGAAUGGGCAGAGGUGGCUCCAUACUGGAGACAUUGGAGAGUUUCAUCAUGAUGGGUGUCUAAAAAUUAUUGAUCGCAAAAAAGAUCUUGUAAAACUGCAGGCAGGAGAAUAUGUUUCUCUUGGCAAAGUAGAAGCAGCUCUGAAGAAUCUCCCACUGGUAGAUAAUAUUUGUGUCUAUGCAAGCAGUUUCCAUUCUUAUGUCAUUGGAUUUGUUGUGCCAAAUCAAAAGGAGCUCGCAGAACUAGCUCGAAAAAAAGGAUUUAAAGGAACCUGGGAAGAGAUCUGUAACAGUCCUGAGAUGGAAAAAGAGGUACUGAAGGUGCUAGCUGAGGCUGCCAUGGCAGCUAAUCUGGAGAAGUUUGAAAUACCAGUGAAGAUUCGUUUGAGCCCUGAUCCUUGGACCCCAGAGACUGGUCUGGUGACAGAUGCGUUCAAGCUCAAACGCAAAGAGCUCACAGCGUAUUAUCAAAUGGACAUUGAUCGAAUGUAUGGAAAAAAUGUAAAAUAAUUCUCCUCUGCACCACUUUGCUACGAUGAGCUUGGAUCAAAUAGGAAAUACUUGAAUUGCCUGUCUCAACUCAGCACUUGAGAUCAACACAUGAAACCACCAUUCCUCAUUUCCAGCUUAAACUGUUAUUUCUGAUGACAUCACUAUGAUGACUGGCAAGUUUAGUAAAUUGUUACGGCAGCAAACUUGUGUCUGUCUCCUUUUUUUCCAGUUUUCUCUGCUACCUUGUCAGACUGUGGAUUUUCCCAGGUCUUUUUGGGAAACCAUGAUUCUGAAGCCUCAAAUUUUUAAACAUUUAUAAAUCCUGUAUAAUGUUUUAUUUGUAUCUUUAAAAUUUGGAUGUAUAUAGAGAGAACUUGGCUAUAUAAGAAAUGGUUAUACUGGGGGCCUUUUUUUACCUAAUUAUUUAAAGAUAAGGUAUUGAUGUUGUGACAUUAUGUACAUUGAAAAUGCUUGUAACAAGAUAAUUGUUGAACAGAGAACCAGGUUAUUUGCUGCUGUGCUAUUUUUCUGUGUAAAUCUGAGGGAGAACAUGUUUGACAUUCCAGCUUGUGUAAUACACCUUCAAUAUGUGCCUAAUGGUUACUUUUAUUUUUAUCUGAAGAUGGAAAGAUGGUCAUGGCACAACUCUGCAUCAAGGCAGGUGUUAGUUAAAGCUUGUUAAUACAGAAAUUGCUAUUAACACAGCAGAUGUUAAACCUAAGAAUAAUCUCUCAGAUACAUUAAGAAACUCCUUUCUUAAACAGCUCAUGACCAUUUCAUCCAGAGCUGAGUUGUGUAGUGCUAGUAUGAACUCUCAGCGUUAUUUUCACUUAACUUUACAGUUUGGACAGUGUCCUUUUAGCAGAGGGACUCUAACAACUUUUAGGUUUGAACAUUACACUGGGUUUGCUCUUUAUUUGUUUGUGAAAGUCUGGCAAGACCCCUGCUCUGCCCUAGCUGCAACCCAAACCUUCCGGGGGGGGAUUUUUAAAGUCAUAAUGACAGUUAUGUUCUCAGCUCACACAGUGCCUAGCUGCCCUUUGUGCCAUUAAAAAUCUCCCUUUGAUGCUGUAUUCUUUUGUUUAGCACUUUUUGCUUUAAAAACAGGUAUUUGAAGCAUUCGUCAGCCAGAGUUAUGUUGCUUGGUUUGUUACACCAAAUUCUUAUUUUGGGAAGGAGCCUCAAUUUUUGUUUCACUAGAGAUAUAUGGAUAUUGUGUGAAGAAAUAUGUGGGAACUUUUCUUCAAUGAGAGUGUUAAGAUUUAUUUCAGGUGUGAAUUUUAUUUUCAAAAUAUUUCUGGAAAGCAUAUUCACGGUUACAUGAGAAUGUGAAAAGGCAUACAUCAGUCAACCUUGUGAUGGAGCAAAUAUUAAAAUGGCUUUAAUUUGGAGAUUACUUUCAUGCGUAUCCUUUACUUGUAGUACUAAAAAUCAGGGUCCUGAUGCUCACUUAAUCCCCUGCUAUAGUAGCACAUAGCAAUGCUGAAGGGCAGAAGCUUUGUUUGGGGGAAGGAGUUGCUGCUGUUAGUGUUUGUGACAUGGAGUUUUGGGAGCUAUUGGAUGUGCAAAUUCUCAUCUAAAAAAACCCUCUGAGAUAUUUUUUAAAUUAACACUUUCCAAUGAUUGUAGAAAGCAGUUUCCUAGGAGUUGAAAGUUAUCAAGCAGGUUCCCUGUACUUCAGUUUUGAUGAAAUGAUAAGGUAGUUUCUGCUAUUCAUGGAUUUCCCCUGCUGCUGUCCAUGAAAAAGUGUUAACAUUUGGUGAAUCUUGGCGUAAGUAAUCAAAUGGAUAGAUAAGCAUCAAAAAGAAAUUGGAACUGUAUUUAUGAGAUUACUGCCUUCAGAUAUCUUGGUCAUAAAUGAAAUGUUGAGAAAUGACUGAAGAAUCCGACUGUGGGAAAAUUGCCAAGGCUGUAGGGAAGUGUCACACCAUUUAUUACACAUUGCUAAUAUUAAAUAUGUAUCUGUUCUCCAUCUUAAAUUCUUAAAUAGUUCACGCUCAGCACAAACUGUACAUUGUUCAAAUGUUUUUUGUGAUUUUUUUUCUAGUGAAAAUUAAUAAAUUGCUGAAGUAUUAUGUAUAUCACUUGGUGCAUUGUGCAGCAGAUGUGAGAAAACAAAUCUGCUUUGGUUAAAGAAAUCUGAAGUUAGUAUUUUGUUCUGCUAAGGGUUUAAAUCCAUUUUGGAAAAAUUGCAUAAAUGAAACUUUUUAAAUUGUUUGGAAAUAGUAGUUUUAAUUUUUCUUCUAAUCCAGUCACAAGAUGGGGUUGCAGUCUAACUAUGCAUUUGAUUUUAUAGUUCAGGUCUGUUUAUGUUUAAAAUGGAUGUGAUAUAUAUAGUUCCUCCUUUAUUAAACAUCAGAUUCAUCGUGGACAUUUAUUUCUUCAACAGAAUGUGAAACUAAAGCAGUUCAUUAAGACUAGUCUCAAUGUUGGAGAUAGAAAGACUUUUAAAAAUACUUGUGAUGAGUAUGUUUUUGCUUUUGGUUUAUAACACAAGACAGAUUCCAAUACUGCUAGAAUGAAUACUUCCAUGUCCCAUUGAGGCUGCCUGUCCCGUGGGUGCCCUCACUUCCUGGGAAGUGACUGGGGCUGGGAAGGGCUGGUAAAUCAGGUUGCAGUUCAGGCGUGGGGCUUCCUUGCUCUGGUGGCCCUGGUUUCUGUAGGCUGCCAAGCCUGCCAGGUACUUCUGGCUGCCACCACGUGCUCUCACAUUGCUGAGCAGAAGGACAACUGUAGAGGAAUUUGUUGAAACCCUGCAGAGAUGCAGUGCUUGCCAGCUGGGAAUUUACCUAGGCUCUCUCCCUAUUUUUUUUUUCCUGGUGUGUCUUCCCAUGCCCAGUGUAACAGGAACAAAAGUACCUGCUGGAAUGUGCUGCACGUGUCCCCAGGGCUGCCAACAGCUGUACAGUAACUUAGAGUAGUGCAUGGUUGGGAGUAAUGGUCACGUGGGGAAUUUCGUAAUGGAAAGAGCUGUAACUUUUAUACAAUCUGAGUUCAAAGUAAGAACAAGGGGCAUAUACCUCACCUGAAGGGCCCCCCAAAAGAGGGGGAUUUUUAACAAAACUUUUGUAAAUACAAGCUUCCCAGGACUUUGAAUCAUUGGAAUUGUUACUACUUACUCUGUUAUGAAAAUUUACGUAAUAUCGUUAUUAAAAUGAUUGACUAAGAAAUUCCAAGGAUCCUGUGAAUCUCCUUUAAAUUUCCACAAUUACUUAAAAAAAUUUCAGGACUUUAGGAUAAAUUCACUUUAGAUCUCAUAAGUGUUCUUUGCAGAGGAUAGUGUUUCUGGGGUAGGUAGGAAAUUAAAAAGUUAUGUGUCAGAGAAGACAGUGCAAGUUCGCUGCUGCUGCAGGUCACACAGAGGCAGGGGCACACCUCCAUGGGAGCUGUGGCUGAGCAGUAAAAGAUUGUGCUGAAAUGAAAGCAAAAAGCAACAUGCAACUGGAGCUAAGGACAUAAUGCAUACCUACAUCCCCUGGUUUAUAGACAGGAUGCAGAGAAGAGUAUGGAAUCAAAACCAUACAUUAAGAACACCUUGUAAAACUCAUAAGUUUGUGCAGAAAUUGCUGUAGGACAUAAAACUCCUUUGCAAUAACCUUUGUUCUGCUAAAAUUCAGACUUUUUAUUCUGUACUAAAAUUACAUUUAGGCAGUGCAAUGCAGCAUUUUUAAUUUCUAUUAAUGUGAUGUAUUAACUACUUUGGACUCAGUAUAAAAUUGUGUACAUCUGUUUCUUUACUGGCAGGAGGAACAAUCUUCAACUUGUGUACACCUUGGACCAGGCUGAAAUGUUAAUUAAAUGACCAGUUGUAUAUUAUUGUAAUGGGUUAUUUAAUGUAAACUCAUUUUCAAUGUGAUCUUGGUUGUUACUAUGAACUGCCUGAACGUUGUAUAUCCUAAUUGAGUUAUAUUGUAUGAAUUAUUUAUUUGUAAUUGGAUAUCAUGUUUCAAAAAUAAAAUUAAUUUCACAAAUCUGGACCCAUA